AUGACUCUGAGAAACAGCUCCUCAGUGACUGAGUUUAUCCUUGUGGGAUUAUCAGAACAGCCAGAGCUCCAGCUCCCUCUUUUUUUCCUGUUCUUAGGGAUCUAUGUGUUCACUGUGGCAGGCAACUUGGGCUUGAUCUCCUUAAUUGGGAUAAAUUCUAGCCUUCACACCCCAAUGUACUUUUUCCUCUUCAACUUGUCCUUUAUAGAUCUCUGUUAUUCCUGUGUGUUUGUCCCCAAAAUGCUGAACAACUUUGUGUCAAAAAGUAUUAUCUCUUAUGUGGGAUGCAUGACUCAGCUAUUUUUCUUCUGUUUCUUUGUCAAUUCUGAGUGCUUUGUGUUGGUAUCGAUGGCCUAUGAUCGCUAUGUGGCCAUCUGCAACCCCCUGCUGUACAUGGUCACCAUGUCCCCGAGAGUCUGCUUUCUGCUGAUGUUUGGUUCAUAUGUGGUAGGGUUUGCUGGGGCCAUGGCCCACACUGUAAGCAUGCUGAGACUGACCUUCUGUGAUUCCAAUGUCAUUUACCAUUAUCUGUGUGAAGUUCUCCCCCUCUUGCAGCUCUCCUGCACCAGCACCCAUGUCAACGAGCUGGUGUUUUUCAUUGUUGUUGGAAUAACCAUCAUGCUGUCCAGCUUAAGCAUCAUCAUCUCUUACGCUUUGAUACUGUCCAACAUCCUCCAUAUUCCUUCUGCAGAGGGCAGAUCCAAAGCCUUUGGCACAUGUGGCUCCCACAUAAUUGCUGUUGCUCUGUUUUUUGGGUCAGGGGCAUUCACCUACUUAACAACAUCUUUUCCAGGCUCUAUGAACCAUGGAAGAUUUGCCUCAGUCUUUUACACCAAUGUGGUUCCCAUGCUUAACCCUUUGAUCUACAGUUUGAGGAAUAAGGAUGUUAAACUUGCCCUGGGGGUGAGCAUAAGCAAAUGGGUACUUUACUUAUUUAAUGUAUGACUGCUACUGACAAGUUAUUAGCCAUCCCUACCUGCAAAGGAGGCUGAGAAACUUAGCAUAUCACUUGAUUACAUUACCAUCCUUAAAAAGUAGAAUUUGUUGCUAAGGAAGAAGGUGCUAACAUGGCUACUGUGUAGACACCUAGCAGUAUCCACCAAAGGGUAGAAUACUACCUGCCAGUAGGGAGCAAUUCAGAAGUGAAUACUCUCUAUCCAUAUUUUUGCUUUCUUAUUUGGUCCACAGAUAAGAUUGGAAGAGACUGACAAGUUGGUCAUUGAUGGAAAUGUGCCCAGUGUCUUCAUCAAGAAACUAUUUGUACUAACGUAAGGCAAGCUAGUGUGAGGAUAAGCCAGAUCUGUGCUAUUUCAUUCCAGACCUCUACUCCUGUCUUCUACUGGGUUAAAUUAGUGUCCAGGUUCUGAGAGGGAGGUGUGAGUCCUGACAUAUUUGCCUCUUCAGCAUGGCUAUGAAUAAAGAUGCAGUGAUAUUUUCAUCCUCUUUUGGCUCCACUCAUUCUCACUAAUUAGACCCCACCAGAAAGGGGGAGUGAGUGAUUAAUAUUGCCAAAUCUCCCACAUUAGAGCUGUUUCUGCACUUUUAGCACAAGGACUUCUAAUAAGUAAUGUUCUCAUUUUCUUCUGAUUUGAAAUGACCCCUCUCGCUCUGGUAAUGGGUUACUGGAAACCAUCUGAAGCACAGAGCGUCUGAGAGGACACAAAGUACAACUCAAACAGGGCUAUCCUUGUUAAUUUUAGGUGUCAGCAUGACUGAAUUAAGGAACACUUAGAGAAAUUCUAGGUGUGUGAGUGUGAGGGUGUUUCUAGAGGAGGUUAGCAUGUGAGUCAGUGGACCGAGUGGGGAAAGCCUGCCCUCAAUGUGAGCGGGCAUCAUCAAAUCAGCUAGGGGCCAGGUAGAACAGAAAGCGCAGAGGAAAGAAUUUCCUCUCUCUUGGAGCUAGGAAACUGUUCUCCAGUCCUUGGACAUCAGAACUCCAGGUUCUUUUUUGGGACUCCAGGACUAACACGAGUGCUUCCUGGAUUCUCAGGUCUUUGGGCUUGGACUGAGAGUGACCCCAUUGGCUUUCCUGGUUCUGAGGUUUUCAGACUUAGACUGGUCUACACUGCUGGCAUUUCAGAAUCUCCAGCUUGCAGACAGCCUCUCAUAGAAAUUCUGUCUUCAUAAUCAUUUGAGCCAUUUUCCCUAAUAAAUCCCCUCUCAUCUAUUUAUCUGUAUCUGUAUCGAAUCUAUAUUUAUAUC